AUGUGGCGAGAAAUAAUUUUGAGUUGCUUGGUUCUUGCAAACGUCGUAGAAAGUAAAAUCAUAAUUAACGAUCACAAGCCAGAAGAUUCUUCAGAACGUCUUCGGCGUGAUGCGAGGGAAUUAGUUCAAACGUGUUUCACGAAUAAUUCAAAUCCAGUGAUGAUCUCUGAGGACUUGUUCGACAAUAAUUGGGACCCUGUACGAAAUUCGCUGAUUGUAAUCGACCGUGGAUUUAACAAACAGAUAACAGGUUUUCUUUCUACGUAUCCGACAUAUGUUCUUCCAUUUGAGUCGAUCGAUAAUCUGAAACCGGUCAUCGACAAUCUCCAAAGAUCACAGUUCUGGAACAUAAAAUCACCGUUUCUGAUGGUCGGAAAAGAAUUGGGUUGCCUCAACGCCAGGAAAGUGCUGGAGUUCAUGUGGAACCACGACUUGCUCUCUGUAUAUUACUUGUGUAACAUUCAGAAUUCGACGAUGGUCUUCACGCUGAACCCUUAUGCAAGAUACGCUCCGGCACCGUGGAAACUGAUCGACAAAUUCGAUGAAAGUGAUAAGAAACUGAUACUAUUUACUCUCAAGUACACAAAAGGCCCAAAAAUUUGCAAUAGCAUCGUAUUCAACAAAACAGAUUAUCUGGAGAAUGCAGAAAUAAGGUUUAUUGAUUUUAAUGAAGAUAAAUCAUACUCGGAAGAGGAAAAUAGAGAAUUCGCCAAAAGUAUUGUAAAGAAUGGAUUGAAAACACCUUAUAUUAAUCUGUAUAAGAUAUCAGCUUCAAUCAAUGCAACGCCAACAUUAGAAUUUAUUUCUGUUGAACCGCAGCGAAGUUACGCUCAUGAAUUUGCUGACAGCAGAUAUGACAUUUAUAACAGGCCCGAGCUGAUCGACGUUACUGACUAUGAGUACAUGUCAUUCUGGACUAUACUACCGAUAAAACAUUUUCAAUCGUGA